UUCGGAUAUAUAUAUAUAUAUUUUAUAUGAUAAGUAAUAUUUUAAUAAUCGAAUGUUAAAGAAAGUAUAAAUCAAGUCCACAAUUAUUUAAAAUGAUAUAAAUUAAUCGGCUCACAUUACUAACGAUAUUAAUAUUCUCGCGUCAGAUGAUCGAUAAAAAUUUAUGAAUACGCGUCGAAUUUCCAUUUUUCUAAGAUUUGACGAAAUCAAAAAGUAGAUCGAUAAAAUUGUGUAAAAUAGAGUCUAUAACAGAAGAAAUACCGCAUAAAUGAAUAGUUAAGCGAUCCUAUUACUGUAUAGAUAAGUGUCAGAACAGUUUCGAUCGCUGCAAACAGUGCAUCGCGAGCGGGAAUCAGCGGCGUUUUAUCAGACCGGUGUUACUGGUUGCGAUCGCGCUCGUCGAGAUAAUGAGCGAACAAACGGCGAGUCGCGCAUCAGUCUCAUCCUGUUGGCGGACAGGACUGCUCACAGUGCUCACGAUCUACGAUCGAUCUUCAAUUGUCCUGAACUCUGUGUCUAAUUAGUUGAUUAGAAACGAACCGCGUGCCGUAAAUCCGGUGACACCAUCCUGUUGGUUUUUUUUUCAUCAAGAUCGGAUAUAUAUUCUGUUUGCUCUGAUCGGCUAUGAGUUCUCUUCGAUGGAACAGUGUUAAAUGUUUACCUGUGCUCGUCUGCUAAAAUCCCGACCUGCUUUAGCGCGAUACUGCAAUUUAAAGAGAUAAAUCGACGAUAAGGUGACAUAUGUUCCGUUGAGCGGGAGCCGGCGUACGACACGAAAGCAAGAGUGAUGGGAAUCGACAGUAUGAGAGUCGGCGGAGGCAGAUGCCCGCCCCUCCUAGUCGGAGGACUCCUGCUGGCGUGCCUCAUGCUCGUCUGCAGCUGGUGGACUCUGUCUUCCGAGAAUCUGGAGCUCAUCAGGCAGAUCGACGAUUUGAACGAACAGCUUAAAAUAAGUGCUGAAGAAAGAGAUCAGUGCGUAACGUUGCGUGGUAACUUGGAACAAAGGUUUAAGCACACAGAAGAUGAAUUGGCUUCCUUGCACGUUCGUUUGGAGCAGCAGAUGGAUUUUAAAAAGAAAAAUGAGGAACUCGAAGAUUCAGUUACUAUGUGUAGAAGUGAGCUAGACUCGCUAAACAAACUGGACGCCACAAAAACUGCAACAUUAGAAACAUUGAGAUUAGAAAAGGAUACAAUUAAUACUCAAUUAGAUGUAAAACGAGAUGAGAAUAAGAAACUUCAAGAAGAAGUAGAUAGGCUGAAAGGAGAAAUGGAUCAACUCAAACUUGGUUGCAAUUCACCACCUGAGAAGAAAGAGACUUCAAAUCUUGAGCCGCCAACGACAGUGGUCAUUAACAAGUCUCAGUUGCAUCCUGUACCGGAGUCUGCUGUAAGAGUAUCCGUAGCUGGUCAGCGAGGUUUGAAGUUCCACGGAAUUCCGAUCCUACCAAUCAACCCACCUGGUGCUGUGCGCCAAACUCCUCGUUUCUCAGUGACUAUGUUGAAGAAAGUUGAAACGGAAUCGAAACAAGCCAAUGACACGACGAAUAAUUCCGCAGAGCAGGAUAAUCCAGUUAUCAACAUUUUGGAAGAUCCUGAAAAUCGUGCACGUGAUAACAAUGGAGAUGACAUACAAAACACAGAGGAAACUGCGCUAUUUCCAGACAAUUAUGAAGAAGAUGAUAAAACGCAAGGUGCCACAAAGAAAUCUGGAGGCAAAAUUAUAUCAGUAUCACGCAAUAUAACUUAGAAAUAAAUAACGCAGUCUUGCAAAACGCGAGAUACUUAGUUUAAAAAAAAAAUAUAUAUAUAUAUACAUUAAGUGAUAUUCUGAUUCACAUCGUGGAUUAUAAACUUUUGACUAUGCAUUGUGUAAAAUAUU